CUCCAUUUUUUCAUUUCUCUUAUUUUUAUCGUCCUUCUCCUCCUCCCGUUGGGUAUAAGUCUGAUAAUCCCGCGGGCGAAGCUUCCAGAAGGCUUCUUCCGUACGUUCCUUUCUUUGGUGAGGUGGCCCUCUACCGCAUCUGGAAGCUACUACGGGGUUCCCCGGGCCAGAUCCGGCCGGGAGGGGCAGAGGAGGCGCCGGCGUGAUGUCGGCCGAGCAUGGCGCUGCGGCGGCGGACGGGGCUGGGGCGGAGCCUCCUCCCCCGGCGCCGAUGCCGGGGCUGGCGACGUCGGCGGACGCGGCGGGGCAGAGGUCCCUGCCGACGCCGUUCCUGACCAAGACGUACCAGCUCGUCGAGGACCCGGCGGUGGACGACGUGAUCUCGUGGGGCGAGGACGGGUCGACGUUCGUGGUGUGGCGGCCGGCGGAGUUCGCCCGGGACCUGCUCCCCAAGUACUUCAAGCACAACAACUUCUCUAGCUUCGUGCGGCAGCUCAACACCUACGGAUUUAGGAAGAUCGUGCCGGACCGGUGGGAGUUCGCCAACGACUGCUUCCGGCGAGGCGAGAAGCGCCUGCUCUGCGACAUACACCGCCGGAAGGUGGUCCAGUCGGCCGGGCUUGCUGCUGCGGCUGCCGCCGCCGCGGCUGGGGCGGUCACGGUUGCCACUGCGGCGAUCCCUAUGGCGCUGCCGGUUACGCGCUCCGGCUCGCCGGAGCCGCAGCUCUCCUCCGAGGAGCAGGUUCUGUCGUCCAACUCGGGAUCCGCGGAGGAGCUCCCGCUGGCCGCACCGUCCGGCUCAGGCUCCGGCCUGGGCGGCGCCGCUGCCGGCUCCUCGUCCGGCGAUAUGGGCGAGGAGAACGACCGGCUGCGGCGGGAUAACGCGCGGUUGACCCGCGAGCUGGGGCAGAUGAAGAAGCUGUGCAACAACAUCGUGAGCCUCAUGUCCAAGUUCGCCUCGAGCCAGCAGCCGGACGGGGGCCCCGGGUCGCUGUCGUCCGUGGUGAACUGCUCGGGCGAGUCGGCGCUGGCCCCUCCGCCGCCGCUCCCCGCGGGGAUACUGGACCUGAUGCCAUCGUGCUCAGCGCUGGCCACGGCCGCCGGCCUCGCCGUCGACGGCGGGCCGGAGACGGACGCGAGGCUGUUCGGCGUCUCCAUCGGGCUCAAGCGAGCGCGAGACGAGGAAGAAGACGGCGACGGCGAGGAGCUUCCUAACGGCGCCGGCGCGGGCGUGAAGCCGGAGGAGGCAGCGGAGCGGCGGGCCGACGGCGGCAGCGAGGAUCGGCAGUCGUGGCCGAUAUACCGGCCCAAGCCCGUGUACCGGGCCUGCAACGGGCAGGACGGGGACGGGGCCGGGGCCGGGGCCGGUUCCGGGUCAGACCAGGACAGAUCCAACUCGAGGUGAGUGGACGAUGUUGUAGAAGCUUCGAGCACCCACUAAUUAUCAAUCACCACCAAAUAAUAUACUACUGUAAGCAUCACUAGAGUCGUGAUAGGAUCUUGCAUUACUUUGCUAGCUGGUGGGGAGCUCGGCUGCCCCCUCUACCCCUGUAAUUGUGAUGUUCCUGUUUCAUUUGAUCUAUAAUAUGUGUUGUGUAAUCUGUCGUGGUAGAGCGUACCGCAGAAAUGAAAAGGUGCAUUCCCGGUA